UUGCCUUUAGGCGGAACGUUUCUUUCCCCUUAGUUCACUACCGGAACUUUUAUAUGUCACACCUCAGACAUUUCCCCCGAAACAAGCGAACUCAUUCAAGGGUUUGGAGGUUUUCGACCAAACAUAAAAGAUGUUUCUGACCAGAUCGGAGUAUGACAGGGGUGUCAACACAUUUUCUCCAGAAGGAAGAUUGUUCCAGGUUGAAUAUGCCAUUGAAGCAAUCAAACUUGGGUCCACGGCCAUCGGUAUCCAGACAUCAGAAGGCGUGUGUUUGGCCGUAGAAAAGAGGAUCACGUCUCCGCUCAUGGAGCCCAACAGCAUCGAGAAAAUUGUGGAGAUCGAUAGUCACAUUGGUUGUGCGAUGAGUGGAUUAAUAGCUGAUGCAAAGACGCUCAUUGACAAAGCAAGAGUGGAAACGCAGAAUCACUGGUUCACGUACAACGAGACGAUGACGGUGGAGAGUGUGACUCAGGCUGUGUCCAAUCUGGCUCUGCAGUUUGGAGAGGAGGACGCAGACCCUGGUGCUAUGAGUCGACCUUUUGGUGUAGCACUUCUUUUUGGAGGAGUUGACGAGAAAGGACCUCAGCUGUACCACAUGGACCCUUCAGGGACAUUUGUUCAGUGUGACGCUCGCGCCAUCGGUUCAGCGUCUGAAGGAGCUCAGAGUUCACUGCAAGAAGUCUACCACAAGUCCAUGACAUUAAAAGACGCCAUCAAGUCUUCUCUCACCAUCCUAAAGCAGGUGAUGGAGGAGAAGCUCAACGCCACAAAUAUUGAGCUGGCGACAGUGGAACCGGGAAAGACUUUUCACAUGUACUCCAAGGAAGAGCUGGAAGAUGUGAUCAAGGACAUCUAAAUCAACUUGAGGCACUAUGUUUUGUACCACGUGAGGAGUCCAGGCCUGAAAAUCAAAACAUUACCACCACUUUUCCAUCAAGCACUGUACAUUUUUACUGCAGCAGCAACAGUUUGUCCUGGUUUGUCUCUCUAUAGCCCUGGGUAGGUCGUGGAUCUGGGAGCAAAAAAGGGGAGGGAAGGUAUUUUUUGUUAUGAAUCAGUACAAAUAUUAAAACUGUUUUCAAAAAGACAAA